CCCUAAAGCAAUAUAAACUAUUCAUAAAUAGCAUUUUCUCUGUCUUUAUCACCAUGGAUUUGAGGUUGAUUCUCUUAAAUUUCGUGAUGAUUGCUUUGGCAGCAAUCCCAACAGGAGAAGCACAGUUGAGGCUGGGAGCAGUUCGUUCGUUUACAGGAGCGAUAGAAGGAUUGUUAGGACCAACAGAGCCGCUUGGAGAUUUAGUACAGCUAGUUAAUGGGGUCUUUACUAUAAUUCAACUCAACGGGACGGUGUUUUGCUCCCCGGACAGCAGUAACAAUGGCACCCCAACCCAAACCCUACCACCUUUUCCUAAUGCUCAGGCACAGUUGCGAUGUGGAAACAAUAAUGAUAUGGUAGCAACCGCUACAACAAAUGGGCAAGGACAAUUCAAAUUCGCGGCGACUCCAUCAUUGCAGGAUUUCUUAAUUAAAGAUUGUAAAGUUUCCGUAACCACUCCACUGUCAAAUUGCAAUGCCAGUUUGCCUUCAACUGGAAGCCUGGCGUCUGGGAUAACCAGGGUCCCAGCCACGGGGAAUUUUAAUGAAAGAAAUGUUAUCGUCCUCAGAGUUUCUGGAUUCUCUCUAAGGGUUUAGCAAAUCUGUGGGAACUAGUGAUGCAUGGAUUUUGCAGUUUCAAAACUCUGCGGAAUACAUGGAAAUAAGGAUGGGCAAAGAAUACAUGGGAAAAGAACACUAGUUAUGUUUCUCAUCAUAAUUGUGUCUUUUGUUUGUGUUGUUUAAGUUUUGAACUUGGUGUCUUUGAAUAAUUGUAAUCAAUCAUCUCUUUUACUCCCUCUGUCCAAAAAUAGUCUAUAUUAAUACAAAUUUUAAUGCUAAAUGGGGACUAUAUUUGUUUAGGGACGGAGAGAAUAUAAUACGAUGAAAUAUUGUCUAUUUUGUAUUAGUGUUGCCUUGCGCGACGGAGGCCAUGUGUUUAUAUUUACUUAAAAAUUAUAUAUCAAUG